UAGCCAUUUUUCAUAUCUCUUGACCACUAGGUGGCACUGUGCUGAAACAGUGCAGGCAACCUCAGAUCAUGGUUGCCAUAACACAUCAAGUUUGGCCUGAAUAUGCUAAAGUGUUUUAAAGAUAUAGCCUCACGUCUAUGAUGCAGUGAAUUAAAGUCCAUUGCCACUAGAAUUUCAUGGAGCUGCCGUUUUUAUUUAUUUAUUGAUUUUUUUUCUGCAGGCAUUUGAUGUCAACUAUCAAUAUUCUGAAGCCUUGCACUGGAUCAGCAUCACCGGCUGUGCUCUGUCUGUGGUGGGACUGUCUGUCACAGCAUUGUACCAAAUCAUAACCAGGAAGUCAAGAGGAGGCAGCCCUACUCUGCUAGUAGUGAAUGUCUGCAUAAGCAUGACGGUUUUCUACCUUCUCUUCCUCUUCGGCAUAAACAACCCUGUCGAACAUGUGAAUGUAGCAAAGAUGUCUGGCGAGAAUAUAGUUCCUGAGUCUGAUCACCACAAGUACUCAGAUCAGGGACCCUGUACGGCAUUUACAGCUCUGCUUCAGUACUUCCUGUUGCUUACGUUCACUUGGAACACUCUGUACGGCAUUAAUGUGUUCCUGCUCUUCAAAAACUCAGUGUCUGGAACACCUUCAUGGUUUCCACUGGUCGCCAUGGCUGUCGGAUGGGGUUUGCCUGCUGUCAUUGUUGGUAUCUCAUUGGGUUCCACUUACCAUGUGGAGGAGCCUUUAGGUUAUCGACAAGAAGAGUUUUGCUGGCUGGCUUCAGUGGACCACAAUCAAAAGUUCAGUAUAAAGAAACCCAUGUUUUGGGGAUUCGUGCUCCCUUUACUGCUCAUGCUGAUCUCAAACACAGCAAUACUGCUGCACUUCUCCUACAAAAUCUGCAGGACCAACCCUAACUUAAACAGAUCAGGUAAAACUUCUCUGAAGAAGAAGAUGAUGAGUAGUUUUUCUCUGGCAGUGAUGCUCGGCUUGUCUUGGGUCACAGGUUACAUUUUAAUGAUCACCCAAGAAAAAAAUCUCAAAUUUAUUCUCAGUGUGGUUUUCUGUCUAUUAAACACAACACAGGGUGUUCAGAUAUUCAUCUUAUUUGCUCUGAGGCCUUUUCUAAACUCAAAUCCAGCUAUUCUUAACUAUCUGCAUGCACCAGAAAUAGGCUUUCACAAGAAAUCUUUUUUUUUAUGGAAAAAUAAGAUACCAGAAAGCAACGAUAGCUACAAAUCCACAGAUGGUGACUCACCCUGACAGGCCAUCAAAGAUCCGGCGUAGAUUGUUGGUGAGAAUGUGGUCUUCACUUUAGCAGUGAUAUACAUCAUGCAGUGAAGGCUCAUUAAAUGAAUGGAGACAAGGAGGAAUAACAUAUUUGAUUUGGUUUUAACUUUCACUCUUUAGGACUAAUUGUCGACACAUUUCUCCGGUUAUGCAAUAUGACCUGCUUAUUCCAAAAGUAUUAGCACUAUUCAUUACUAAUGAAUGUCACAUAGUAAAAGGAAUAGUUCAUCUAAAAAUAAUUUUUUUGCUGAAAAUGUACUCACCCUCAGGUCAUCCAAGAUGUAGAUGAGUUUUCUUCAUGGAAACAGAUUUAGAGAAAUUUAC